AUGACGACCCUACACACAUCCAUCCCAUUGACAGUCUUCAACCAAACCUUUGCUCGACUAGACAAUGAAGAACACAAUCAAAACCACAGCACUUCUUCUUCAUCUAAGGUAAAAUCCAACAAAGGACUCGAAGCCCCUUCCGAGUACACGUUAUCAUUUGGCGAAUGGUCCAAAUGUAUGAGUCUCUUUAGAAGAUACUUAGCCGGCUACUACGGACAAGCUCCUCUAGCAAAGAGGCUGAAACUUCACAUAGAGAACGUGAAAAACAUAAAACGUUCGACCGAAUGUUGGAUGACUGCCUUGCACUACGACAUCUUAUGUAGAUCACAAACCUUUGUAAAAAGAGGAGACAACGGAUUGAUGAAAGACAUAGGAAUUCAUGUCCAGAAAUAUGAGAAUCAGGCAAAAGAGAAGUCCUUACGCUUUGGAGAAGCAAACGGAGGAGACGCUAACCCUCACGCGAAGGGAGGACGCCUCGAAUUCAAACAUCCUGAGACAGGCUUAAACAAUAGCACCAACCUCAGCUCAAACAAAAGAGAGGCUUCAAACAUAGAUCCUCAUCAAUUUAAGAAAAGAAGAGGCCAACGAAACAAACACGGCCUAAACUACACGAUUCCUUCUUAUAUUUCAAACCCAACUCAACAUCAACCACCAAACCAUGCACUUCCUCCAAACCCUUUGUCGUAUACAGAAAGACAACCCUUGCCGAUUGCAGCCCCAAUGGCAGCAAACAAAUUCCCAUCCUGA